GUUCACUUAGUUCCUCUUUGCGCUUUUCUGCCCCGCUUCCCCGGGGAGGAGGGAGUAGGGGGCGAACUGGGACGCCGGCUUCUGCUUCGCGGUGCCCCCGGCCAGAGCGACUCUCCGGAGGGCGCCGGCGGUGGGUGCGUGGGGGAAUCGCGGGGGGAAGCGCUGUGACCAACCGCGGUCCAUGGACCCUAGUGGGGCAGCUUUGGAAGAAGUAGAAGGUGAUGUGGCAGAAUUGGAACUAAAACUUGAUAAGCUUGUGAAGCUUUGUAUUGCAAUGAUUGACACUGGAAAAGCCUUUUGUGUUGCAAAUAAACAGUUCAUGAAUGGGAUUCGAGACCUGGCUCAGUAUUCUAGUAACGAUGCUGUAGUUGAGACAAGUUUGACCAAGUUUUCCGACAGUCUUCAAGAAAUGAUAAAUUUUCACACAAUCCUGUUUGACCAAACUCAGAGAUCAAUUAAGGCACAGCUUCAGAACUUUGUUAAAGAAGAUCUUAGAAAAUUCAAAGAUGCCAAGAAGCAAUUUGAAAAAGUCAGUGAAGAAAAAGAAAACGCAUUAGUAAAAAAUGCCCAAGUACAAAGAAAUAAACAACAUGAAGUUGAAGAAGCCACCAACAUUCUGACAGCAACAAGAAAAUGUUUUCGACAUAUAGCCCUCGAUUACGUGCUUCAGAUUAAUGUUCUUCAAUCAAAAAGGAGAUCAGAAAUCCUAAAAUCAAUGUUGUCAUUUAUGUAUGCCCAUUUGGCCUUCUUCCAUCAAGGAUAUGAUCUGUUUAGUGAACUUGGACCCUACAUGAAGGAUCUUGGUGCACAGUUGGAUCGACUGGUUGUGGAUGCAGCAAAGGAGAAAAGAGAAAUGGAGCAAAAACAUUCCACCAUUCAACAAAAGGCUGCAUUACAGGAUUUCUCCAGUGAUGAUUCUAAGUUAGAAUAUAACGUAGAUGCUGCAAAUGGCAUAGUUAUGGAAGGAUAUCUGUUCAAACGAGCCAGCAAUGCCUUCAAAACUUGGAACAGGCGCUGGUUUUCAAUACAGAAUAAUCAGUUGGUUUACCAGAAAAAAUUUAAGGAUAAUCCGACUGUAGUAGUUGAAGACCUCAGGCUCUGCACAGUGAAACAUUGUGAAGACAUAGAGCGACGAUUCUGCUUUGAGGUGGUCUCACCAACAAAAAGUUGUAUGCUCCAGGCAGAUUCCGAAAAGCUGCGCCAGGCAUGGAUUAAGGCUGUUCAGACCAGUAUUGCUACUGCUUAUAGAGAGAAGGGUGAUGAAUCAGAGAAGCUGGAUAAGAAAUCAUCUCCAUCCACAGGAAGCCUAGAUUCUGGAAGUGAGUCAAAAGAGAAAUUAUUGAAAGGAGAAAGUGCGCUUCAGCGAGUCCAGUGUAUCCCUGGCAAUGCCAGCUGUUGUGACUGUGGCCUGGCAGAUCCACGGUGGGCCAGCAUCAACCUGGGCAUCACCUUGUGUAUCGAGUGCUCCGGAAUUCACCGGAGUCUUGGGGUUCAUUUUUCAAAAGUACGAUCUUUAACUUUAGACACCUGGGAGCCGGAACUUUUAAAGCUUAUGUGUGAGUUGGGGAAUGAUGUUAUAAAUCGAGUUUAUGAAGCUAAUGUGGAAAAAAUGGGAAUAAAGAAACCACAACCAGGACAAAGACAGGAGAAGGAGGCAUAUAUCAAAGCAAAAUAUGUGGAGAGGAAAUUUGUGGAUAAAUAUUCUAUAUCAUUAUCACCUCCUGAGCAGCAAAAAAAGUUUGUCUCUAAGAGUUCUGAAGAAAAGAGGCUGAGCAUUUCUAAGUUUGGGCCAGGGGACCAAGUCAGAGCAUCUGCCCAAAGUUCAGUGAUUGCUGUAAAUAGCGACGAGGCCAGGCGGGAGUCUCUGUUUUGUCCUGAUGAGCUAGAUUCACUCUUCUCCUACUUUGAUACUUCUUCAAAACUGCGUAGUAUCAAAAGUAAUGACAGUGGAAUUCAGCAGAGCUCUGAUGAUGGAAGAGAAUCUUUACCCUCCACCGUGUCAGCCAAUAGUUUAUAUGAGCCUGAAGGAGAAAGGCAAGAUUCUUCCGUGUUUCUGGACUCGAAACAUCUUAAUCCAGGACUUCAGCUUUAUAGGGCAUCAUAUGAAAAAAACCUUCCUAAAAUGGCUGAGGCUUUGGCUCAUGGCGCAGAUGUGAAUUGGGCCAAUUCCGAGGAAAACAAAGCAACACCACUUAUUCAGGCUGUAUUAGGGGGCUCUUUGGUGACAUGUGAGUUCCUCCUACAGAAUGGUGCUAAUGUCAACCAAAGAGAUGUCCAAGGGCGGGGACCAUUGCACCAUGCCACCGUCUUAGGGCACACAGGGCAGGUAUGUUUAUUCCUAAAACGAGGUGCCAAUCAACAUGCCACUGAUGAAGAAGGGAAAGACCCUUUGAGUAUAGCUGUGGAAGCAGCCAAUGCUGAUAUAGUAACCUUGUUACGUUUAGCAAGAAUGAAUGAAGAGAUGCGGGAAUCAGAAGGACUUUAUGGACAGCCAGGUGAUGAAACUUACCAGGACAUAUUUCGUGAUUUUUCCCAAAUGGCAUCCAAUAAUCCAGAGAAACUAAAUCGUUUCCAGCAAGAUUCACAGAAAUUCUGAAUUUUUUUUUAAAUGGGAAAAUAUGAAAUCUGGUGACCCCCUAAUGUAUACAGCUAAAACUUCACAAUUUUUUACUGCUUUAAUUCUACUUAAUUUUGGUAGAUAUUGAAUGGCUUGGAAAAAAGGUACCCAUUCAUAUAUUUACAAAUUAAAACAGUUUUCUAGUAGUUGGAGAGGAACCUAAUUUAGGACCUCUUUUAUUAAAAAAGCCUAUUUGAAGGGCUAUUUCUGUAGAUAAAAGUUCAGUCUAGAUUUAGGCCAUCUCUAGGUUACAAGAUGCUAGGAGAUCAGAUGAAAAUGAUUCUUUUGCCAAUGGGUGGUAGCACUGAAUUUUUCCCACCGUGCGUCUUGCCCAGGAUCAUUCAGUCAAGCAUGUCUUCAUCAAGUGGGAGCCAACUGUCCUGCCUGCCUCAAGAAUAUGUUUUUUCUUUAGCUUUCCUGAUGAUUUUUGGUGGUUCAGAAAUAGCUGUGUGUGUUUAUGUGUUUUGGUAACCUAGCUUUCAUACACUCAAUAUACGAUUUAUUAGAACCAGAGAAUGUGUUUUCCCCAUUUGUUCAUAAAUGCAGUUAUACUUCUUAGAUGACAGGUUAUUGUCCAGUACUUUAAUGUAUGUAUGUAUAAUGGCUGUACAGGUAGACCAUAAUUCAGGCCUUUAGAUUUAUUUUAUGCAGCAAAUUUUAAUCACAAAAAAAAAACCCAGUUCAAAAUACGUAGUUCUUCAUUGUUGGGUUGAUUUCCUGAAGCCUUGACAGAUGUAUCGAUGUAAUAAAACUGUGUCUAACAGGUUGCUUGAAUGUUGCAAAAUUAUGCUUUCAUCAAAAUUUAACUUUUAAAGGAAAAAUCAAUUUAUAAAAUAAUAUAGGCCAUUUUUAUAUUUGAAAUUUGUCCUUUUAAAGAUAUAGUUUUGCUGUUGCUCCUAGUGAAAGAAUCUCUGUACAAAGGAGAAAAAGAACCCCACUUAUUCUUAGUUAAUACUAAAAUAUAUAGCAAUAAAUUGCUGUUUAUUUUUU